AAUGAUAGAUACAGAAGGGUAAUGGAAAAAGCGAUGGAUUGUUAUUGAUUACUGUCGCUUUACAUACACUGAGAUUUACGCUAUAAGAAUUUGGAUUGCGUCAUGGAAGCUAGAGAUGGAUGGAUUUGAUGAUAAUGAGUUUUCCAGCUUGACAUUUGAUUCUGAUUUUAAUACUUUUCUUGGUGGAAUUUUACCGGCGAGUCGAAAUGCAGGAACUACGCUGGAACAACGAAGUGCACCUUCGUCUGUUGGCACUAGAUCAUCAUCCCAACAGAAUGGACGUCAAAGUUCCAUGACUUUAGCAGGAUCACAAUGUCAGGGGUGUACACGAUACAAAGAGGAAAUUGAUCGUCUGAGUAAAGAGCACAGCCUUAACUUCAUGAUUUUGAAAAAGAAAGUAAUUUCUACUGACCUAUUGAUUAGAAGAUCUAAAGCCAAACAAGAUGAGUGUGAAUUGCUGCAGAGGAAUGUUGAACAUCUCAAUAAAGAAUUGGAUAGAACCACCAGAGACUCGAAUCUUCUGUCUGAACAGCUUCAAUCUGCAAUGCAGAAUAUUAAACCUCUUAAAGAGGAAAAAGAACGCUUUGAAAGAGAGUUAAAAGAAAAAACAAAUGAAGUUAGAUUGUUGCAUGACAAGUUGGAAGCAGAAGAGGCAAUUAGAAGUCAAAGGAGUGCAUUGGAUGAGCACAACAAGACUCUUGAGAUCACUAUAGCUAACCUCAAAAGACAAAAUGCAAGUUUAACUACCAAGACUCGUAGCAUGGAGUCUCAACUGAGGGACCUUAAACGAGAAAACAAGGCCUUGACAAGCAACAAGAAUGUCUUAGACAAAAGACUGAGCAAUUUUGCUAAUGCUUUGAAAAAAGCGCAGCUUGUGUUCAAUUCUUACUGGCGCAGGUUUGUUUCAGCAGGUUUGACAGCGAAGAAAAAGCCAAAGAUAAUACCAGACUGUUACAAGUCAGUGAUGAAAAGUUACCUGAGUUUUGAGCUACAACGUGAAGAAAGUUCUGACGAAAAUGAUGCUGACUAUGAUGAAAAUGAUGAUGAAAAUGAUGAAAACGUGGAUGAAAAUAAAGUUGAAAACGGCUACAGCAGUGACUCUGAAGAUAUGAGUGAGGGGGAGAUCACUACUACUGCAGAUUUUGUCAAGUCACCUCCAAGCUGCAAUAAUGCUGGACGCUCCAGUCCUCAGAGAAGUCCUAUAGAACCUCAGAGAGCUGUAGGCCACCAGAGGAACCUUGAUACUGACAUUAAACGUUUAGCAAGUGGGAGGAAAUUAACUGGAAACAAAUCUUUACUAAAGUCUAUAGAAUGUGAUAAGGAGAGUGUGGAAAAUAGAACUUCAGCGCUAGAGGCUGACAAGACUUGUCUACAAUCGUUUAACAAAACAGCUUUUGUUAAAGCAAGUAAAAACUGUUCCCCAUACAAACAUGAAUCAGCCACACACCACAAUUCUAAAUCUAUCCAACAAAAAAAUACACCAUCAAAGUUUAAGCCACAAGUUAAGCCUUCAGCCAACCCAAGUUUUUCUAAGAGGCAGUUAGCAUCUGAAGAUGAAGAGGACUCUCAGCCAAACUUUAAACCUUCCAACCAAAGAGAUGCACCAUCUCAGCGUACAGCACAACCUAAAACUUCUCACACCGUUGGUGAUUCUAAAAAACAUUUAUCUGAAGAUGAAGAGAACUCAUCUCUGUCCUCUCUGUCUUCAUCAUCCUCCUCCUCCUCUUCAGACGAGGACAGUGAUAGCAGUAUUAAUUCCUUAUCAAAGUGCAAUGGCUUCAACGAAAAGAAGGCAGCCAAAAGCCAAACACCAAGCCUUGAAGAAAUAUUUUUGUUUGCCAGAAUACAGAAACUUCUCUCUCCACUACCACCUACCCCCAGCCCGCCACAUUGUAUAGAAGACAUAAACACCCCAGACUGUGAUAAUCUAAUGGAUGACUUGGCUGGUGAGCUCACUGCAUGA